UUCUCCUGUGAUUUGAUUCAGAUUCAAGAAUCACAAAACGAAUUGUUCAGACCGCUUUGCGGACCCGUGUGACAGGUAAAUAGAAAAUUAUCGACUCAAAUGAUUCAUUCAAAACAUUUGUUCGCAAAUUGGGCAUGUUAUUCAGUCGCAAAAGUAACAAAACAUCCUGAGAAAUAAGUUAACAUAAAAGUCACCAGAAACAUUUGUACUCGAGUCAAGUUGAACUGUAUUUUCUUUGGUCAAAGCUGAUGACUUAAAUAAGUAAACAUCUUUUGUAGGCCCUUUUCCCCUACAAAAAAGGAAGUCUCACUUACACUCUUGUUUCUGAUGCUGUUACACAGCUCGGUACCCGCUACACCCUCUAUAGCCAAUCCGCGCAGCCGAAGCGUGUGCCCACCUCUCACCUUCAUCAUCACCAUCAUCAUCCUCAUCCUCACAGUCUGAGCCAGACACCAGCCGAACGAGACACUCUCAGGCAGACCUCGUAAAGAAAGAAAGAGAGAGAUACUAAAGCCGGCGCUUUCAGACUGUUUUCCAUCAGAAAGGAUAAAUCAACAUGAUCAACUAGUGGAUCCGGGCAGCUUUUUAGGUCCAUGCUUGGAUUGUUUAUAUCUUUUCAUCUCAGCUUUAGUUCCAUCACUGCAGCCGGACACUUCCACUUGUCAAGACAGUCGCACCGCGCCGGUAUCAGAGCACAUAUAUACAUGGGGAUCAUCGCAGCAUCGCCCGGAAGAUGUGUAUCACUGCUCCGCGGCUGAGAUCUGUGUCGCCUGCGCUCGUGGGAUCGGAUCCCUCGGUUCAUGUCCCCGUGUCAUUCCCGGUGAACUGAGAUGGCUCUUUGCGCUGUGCUGCGACAGACACGCAGACCGCGGCAGGAGAAUCGGACACAUGUAAUUUUAAUUACAACCUAUUGCUUUUUUUGUAUAUUGCCAGUGAAACAACUUUGCGCGUUCCCAUCAUCGCUGAGUGACUGUCAAACACCCACCGGGUGGAACUGCUCCGGGUUUGAAGAGCAGGACACUGAUCUUUUUCUGUGUGACACAAACACAUGCAAGUUUGACGGCGAGUGUCUGCGAAUCGGGGACACAGUGACAUGCAUUUGUGAUUUUAAGUGCAGCAGUGACUAUGCUCCAGUGUGCGGAUCUAACGGCGAGAGCUAUGAGAAUCACUGUCUCCUGCGCAAAGAAGCCUGUAAAUUGCAGACAGAUGUGCUGCUGGUGUCAGAGGGUACCUGUCCUGUCGAUGCUGGCUCUGGAUCAGGGGAUGAUGUUAAUGAGGGUUCAGCCGAGAUCAGUCAAAAGGAGACAUCAACAUGCGACAUUUGUCAGUUUGGGGCUGAGUGCGACGAGGAUUCUGAGGACGUGUGGUGUGUAUGCAACAUUGAUUGCUCCCACAUCAGUUUUAAUCCAGUCUGUGCAUCAGACGGCCGUUCCUAUGACAACCCCUGCCAGGUGAAAGAGGUGUCAUGUCAGAAGCAGGAGAGGAUUGAGGUCAAAUACCUCGGACAUUGUAAGGAGGAGAAAGACCAGGUGAGCGAGGUACCGUGGGGUCUUUACAUCCCGUGUCCAGAGCGUUACAAGAACUACUGUGUCCACGGAGAGUGCGAGUAUCCUAGCAACCUCUCACCCCCCACCUGCAGUUGCCAUUCAGGCUUCAUUGGGCCGCAGUGUGACAGGAAGGACUAUAAUGUGAUGUAUGUGGUACCUGGUUCAGAAAAGACUUACAUUCUGAUCGCAUCCAUCAUUGGAGUUCUGCAAGUGGCCAUUAUCUGCCUCUUAGUGCUUUGCAUCACACGAAGAUGUCCACGUGGGAAUCGGAUAGCACGGCAGAAACAAACCGUUCCACACUUCAACUCUGAAAACACCCUGCGGGCCUCCACCAGACUCAUCUGACGAACCCUUAAACACAGAGUGACAUGUGCUAAAGACAGCAGAGAAAAGGCCCCGGGAAAUUGUGGGAAACAUACCCCCCUCCUGACAGGUGUUGCUAGGUGUGUGUAAGAACUGAGACGGGACUCCUGGCAGUGUGCAAACCUUAUCGUCCCUCGAUUCCUUGUGGAUGCAAACAGGGGACAGCCUCAUGGGACGGGCCUGCAGUGGUUUUCCAACUGGCCUGCAGCCUUGAGUCAGACUCAGUGGGAAAGAGAGCAGGCAGUCAGCUUCAUCAAAGCGUCAGACCGUACAGCCAAAAACAGCCCUUCCCUGGGGUUGCAACAAUCUGGAAAGAGAAGUGCUUGUGGAAGGAUGGAUGGAUGGAUGAAUGGAUGAAUGGAUGGAUGAAUGGAGAGGUGUGCCACAUGUUGCCUUGUAUUUGUUGUCUAUGACACCAUCGAAAAAAUGAGCUCUCCGGGGCUCUCUUUGGUAAUGUAUUAUAUAUUUCCAAUAGGUUAUAAUACUUGUGAUGUUUUUCUUUGUUUUUAUUCGCUGUAAUGUAAAUAAAUAAUUUAUAUCAUGUGA